GGGGGUGGGCCCAGCGCGUAAUGGCAGCGCCGUGGCCUCGCGUCCAUCUUUACCGCUCUCUCGGACCUGUCACAAAGGAGUCGCGCCGCCACCGCCGCCCCCUCCCUCGGGUGGGCCCUGGAGCUGGAGAAGUCAGUGCCGCAGCCCGGCCGCGCUGCUCUGGGAAACCACUGGGGACGCGGAGCUGGGGGGAGCCCGAGGGCUGGGGACGUCCGUGAGGGAGGGGAACAGCCGCCCGAGUCUGCGGUGGGGAGACCGGACUGGGGCUGAGGGAGACUCCGGGAAGGGGCCCGGGAGGGAGUGGCGUUGGGCAGAGCCCAGGAAACAGCCCGGAGGUUAUCCACUGAGGCCCGCGCUGAAGGCGCCUGAAGAGGUACCUGGAAGAGGGUGUUCCCCCUUUAGCGGAUUCGUGACCGGAGGAGGUUGUUGGGGGUCGCCCUUCCGAGGAGGCCGUGGCUAAAAGGGCCCAGUCUUGCUGACAUAACAGAAAAACUUUGUAACUGCUUGUAUGAUUUCUGUAAAUUCUCAAGAGUGCCUCCAAAUGGGAAAGUGUACAGUUUGGUGAUUGCAUUCAAGAGAAACGCUCUACUCUUUAUUCUCCUUGAUAUCAAAACUGCCACUGGAUGACCCAGAUUCCCUGUAAUUGAUAAUGUUGGAGAUCGGUUCUGCAACUUUCUUCCAUAUUCGUUUGUUAAAAACAAAUAGAAUGCAAGUUCCUCCGCUCCAGAUUAUGAAAACAGUACUUGGAAAACUGAAAACUAUCUAAAUGAUUGUCUUUGGUUGGGCCGUGUUCUUAGUGAGCAGAAGCCUUGGCCAGGGUCUGCUGUUGACUCUUGAGGAGCACAUAGCCCACUUCCUGGGGACUAGAGGUGCCACUGCUACCAUGGGUAAUUCCUGUAUCUGCCGAGAUGACAGUGGAGCGGAAGAUAAUGUUGACACCCAGCAGCAACAAGCCGAGAACAGUGCAGUACCCACUGCUGACAUGAGGAGCCAACCCCGGGACCCUGUUCGGCCACCAAGGAGGGGCCGAGGACCACAUGAGCCAAGGAGAAAGAAACAAAAUGUAGAUGGACUAGUGCUGGACACACUAGCAGUCAUACGGACUCUUGUAGACAAUGAUCAGGAACCUCCCUAUUCAAUGAUUACAUUGCACGAAAUGGCAGAAACAGAUGAAGGAUGGUUGGAUGUUGUCCAGUCUUUAAUUAGAGUUAUUCCAUUGGAAGAUCCACUGGGACCAGCUGUUAUAACAUUGUUACUAGAUGAAUGUCCAUUGCCCACUAAAGAUGCACUCCAGAAAUUGACUGAAAUUCUCAAUUUAAAUGGAGAAGUAGCUUGCCAGGACUCAGGUCAUCCUGCUAAACACAGGAACACAUCUGCAGUCCUAGGUUGCUUGGCUGAGAAACUAGCAGGUCCUGCAAGUAUAGGCUUACUUAGCCCAGGAAUACUGGAAUAUUUGCUACAGUGUCUGAAGCUACAGUCCCACCCCACAGUCAUGCUCUUUGCACUUAUUGCGCUGGAAAAGUUUGCACAGACAAGUGAAAAUAAAUUAACUAUCUCUGAAUCCAGUAUUAGUGACCGGCUUGUCACAUUGGAGUCCUGGGCUGAUGAUCCUGAUUAUCUGAAACGUCAAGUCGGGUUCUGUGCCCAAUGGAGCUUAGACAAUCUCUUUUUAAAAGACAGUAGGCAGCUGACCUAUGAGAAAGUGGACUUGAAUAGCAUUAGGGCCAUGCUGAAUAGCAACGAUGUCAGCGAGUACCUGAAGAUCUCGCCUCAUGGCUUGGAGGCUCGCUGUGAUGCUUCCUCUUUUGAAAGCGUGCGUUGCACCUUCUGCGUGGAUGCUGGGGUGUGGUACUACGAAGUCACUGUGGUCACUUCUGGCGUCAUGCAGAUCGGCUGGGCCACGCGAGACAGCAAAUUUCUCAAUCACGAAGGCUAUGGCAUUGGGGACGACGAAUACUCCUGUGCCUACGACGGCUGCCGGCAGCUGAUUUGGUACAAUGCCAGGAGUAAGCCUCAUCUACACCCGUGCUGGAAAGAAGGAGACACAGUAGGAUUUCUGUUAGACUUGAAUGAAAAGCAAAUGAUCUUCUUUUUAAAUGGCAACCAGCUGCCUCCUGAGAAGCAAGUCUUUUCAUCUACUGUAUCUGGAUUUUUUGCUGCAGCUAGUUUCAUGUCAUAUCAACAAUGUGAGUUCAAUUUUGGAGCGAAACCAUUCAAAUAUCCACCAUCUAUGAAAUUUAGCACUUUUAAUGACUACGCCUUCCUCACAGCUGAAGAGAAAAUCAUUUUGCCAAGGCACCGGCGUCUUGCUCUGUUGAAGCAAGUCAGCAUCCGGGAAAACUGCUGCUCCCUGUGUUGUGACGAAGUAGCAGACACACAGUUGAAGCCAUGUGGACACAGUGACCUGUGCAUGGAUUGUGCCUUGCAACUGGAGACCUGCCCAUUGUGUCGCAAAGAAAUAGUGUCUAGAGUCAGACAGAUUUCUCAUAUUUCAUGACACAUGUGAAGAGGCAUCAUGGACUUAUUUCUACUCAAUUCCAGCCAAUGUUGAAGAGAAAAAACAAAGAAAAAAAAAAAAAAACAUCUCUAAUCAGUUGUGCGCACAUUGAAACUUAUAGCCAUGGCCAGAUUUUAUGCUAAAAAUGGUAGUUUGUCAAAGACAAAAUUCUCUUAGAAUCUAACCCAACUUGCCAGCCCUGAGAAAUUCCUUUUAAGGCCAAGGAAAGCUGAGUGCUAACAGCUAGGCCUGUGGUACUUCCAUGGAACACGCUAGGAGACAGUGCCCUCCCAAGUGCUGAAACCACACCGGAAUUCUCCCAUGUUGGGUUCAUGUGAAUGUCUAACAGGAUGUUUUCUCUCCUAUUCUGAAGUUUUUAUUUGGGGCAGAAGUCAUUAUGGAGAAGUAAAUGACAGCAGUUCUGGGUUAAGCAUAACUUCCAACCGGUCAGAGAGGCCCUGGUGUGUUAAGCGUGGAUAUUGCCCUGCAAAACUUGAAUCUAUAAACCAGAACCACCCAGGUCAAUACUACAAGCAACAUGGAGGGCCCGAAAGAAGGUGCACAGACUGUGGAGAAAACCCAAUUUUUGAUAUUUCCGUGAUUCCAAAGAACAUUGUAGUUUUUUUUUAACUGCAGAAAACUGGUGUAUUUUCACAUUCAUGGUGUUUCUAUCCAGUUUCAGUAUCCGCAUUUUGUGAGGAAAAAAAUGUUUUAACAAUGCGGGAGGAAUUCUUAAAUUAAUUGCAAUGUUAGACUGGAGAAAAUUUGGUAUUUAGGGUAUUUUUAAGGUACCAUCAAAUCAGGUUUUUUGUUUUUUGUUAAAAUUUUUUUUUAAUCAGUAUUGUUUCUGGAAGUAAUAUACUUUGAAACUCUUGAACUAACAGUCUCAAAAACUCUUAGAGGACAGUCUGAGAGCACGUAUUCCUGUUGUUUUAAAUAAAUACCUGUUUUUGAAUAGUAUAUUCAAUCAUGGAUUGCUGACUAUGUCUUCAUCAAAAGUGUUAAUCCCUCUCAGGGUCUCUGGUGAAGACCUUCAAGAGUUUGGUUUUUUCUCCCAGAAAAUUGGAAGGUAGAAUUGUAAAUUCAUAGAACUUAUUUUAUAAUGGUGUACCUCAGCAGCUGCCUUUCAAUUUAUGCCAAGUCCUUACUGAGUUUAUACUUGAAUAGUAAAUACGUCUUCUGAGUUUUACAGUGUCUUAAACUCAAUGCACAUCUUUCUUUCCUCCUUUCCUACCCUUUCUUGUUUGUAAUUCAUUAAACUGUCCUAUUAUAGAGAUGAUUUCCUUCCUGGCCGUACUUGUUGGGGUGCUGGAUUUUUUCCAUGUCUUUAGUCUUCCAUAAAUUCAAAUAUAUAUAUAAAUAUAUAUAUAUAUAUAUAUAUGUUCUCUUCUUUAGCUUGUGGUGAAUACAGUAAUUUGCAUUGAAGAAAUAAAACAUUUGUUGCCUUUUUUGAGUAA